AUUUAUUAGACACUUGUCAGUUGAAAUUAGGUUAGGUUUGUUUACUAUUUUAAAAAAUGUAUUUUAUGAGUUAAAAUUAUAAUCGUCGGAUAAGAAAUGUCGAAUAAAAUUAUCGAAGCAUUUAAAACUCUUAAUGAAGAAUCAUCAGAGUUAUACCUGGGCGGUGAUAUAGCAGAAACAGUUAAUUUGGAAUCACUACAAUUCCACAGAGAUUAUGUAUCAAAAAAUAUCCCAGUUAUUUUUAGAGGAGGCUGUAGGAACUGGCCCGCCACACAAAAAUGGAAUUCAAAUUUCUUCAGGAAAAACUUUGCUACCAAGAAGGUGACAGUAGCACUUACUCCAAAUGGUUUAGCCGAUGGAAUAACGAAGAAUGAAGAUGGAGUAGAAUAUUUUGUUAUGCCGCAAGAAGUUAAUAUGACAAUGUCAGAAUUCCUAGAUACUCUAGAUGCUCAGAAUGAAAAUGUAAUUCCUUAUAUACAGCGGCAGAACUCAAAUUUGACAGAAGAUUUUAGUGAGAUAAUGACAGAUGUCGAGAGUGAGAUAAAGUUUGCCAGUGAGGCGUUUAAUAAGGAACCUGAUGCUAUUAACUUUUGGAUGGGAGAUAAGAGAGCUGUUACAUCAAUGCAUAAAGAUCCCUAUGAAAAUAUAUACUGUGUAAUUGAUGGAUACAAGGAUUUUACACUGAUUCCUCCCACUGACCUACCAUAUGUACCGUAUAAGAGGUAUCCUCAAGCCGAAUUCAAGAGAAGUGGGGACAAAUGGAAUAUUGUACCCGUUGUAACUGAGGGUAUUAAUUACCACAGUGAUAAUAACAAUUAUUGUGGGUUACCUUGGAUUUGUAUUGAUCCUCUUAAACCGGAUUUAACAAAAUACCCAGAGUUCAAAAGAGCUCAUGUAUUUAAGCUGCGUCUGUAUAAAGGGGAUUGUCUCUACCUCCCUAGUCUAUGGUUUCAUCACGUGACCCAAAGUCAUGGCUGUAUAGCUGUCAACUAUUGGUAUGAUAUGGAAUUCGAUGUAAAGUACUGUUAUUUUAAAAUGUUGGAAAAGUUGUGUGAUAAGUAUUAAUAGAUA